CGCGCCGAUUCUCCUUUCUGGGCUGGCCGAUCUACGUCCCUUAGUAACCAGGGACAGUCGAAGACAUAUGGCCAGAAUACUGUUGUCGGAGCUUCAUAUUCCCAUGCGGAUAUAGUACACCUUCUUGGUAGUGGCACCUCCACCCAUACGCGCCCACGAACCCCACCUCGAUCCUCGUCUACAAAUGCGCCGUCCCCACCAUCAUACCUAGGCCACCGAACAGGAAACGUCGCGUCUCCAUCCCAUAAAAGCUACACCGGUCUCAUGAAAGAAGGAAUGGAUGGCUGGAGUGGGAAUCCCACCCAGGAAGAAGACGAUGACGACGACGAUGAAGAAGAAGAAGACCACAUUGUAUAUGAUGACGACGAAGACGAAUUUGGACUGCCAAGUCUCGCGAGUAUGAGAAAGAAGAAACCCGUUCCCUCAAAAUCAAAGAAUAUUGAGCCCGGGGGUGGUAUGGGGGGGCUUUUCAUCCUCGCUGGGAUUCGGCCUUGCAUCAAGCAGCAGACAACGGGCAAACAGCUCGGACAUUGCAGAGGAACGCGAUCCGGCAAAUGCUUUGAAUCUUAUCAACCAUUCGGCACCCCCCACAAAUGCUUCUGUCAAAGACAGGGAGAUACAUUCAAGUCGCAUCUCAAGGAUCAACAAGUUCAAACGCAUCCUUCAGGCAAGCACUGUUUCGCUAAACGAAUUACGGGAUCUCGCGUGGUCUGGAGUCCCAGAGGAAGUUCGUCCAAUGACCUGGCAGUUACUUCUUGGAUACCUGCCCACAAACAGCGAAAGACGAAUCUCGACACUAGAGCGGAAGCGCAAGGAGUACCUGGACGGAGUUCGACAGGCCUUCGAGCGCGGCAGCGGGGCAGCUGCAAACCCGCCUUCAACCAGUACAGGCCGUGGCCGGGGUUGGACGAGGCAGUCUGGCACCAGAUCAGCAUCGAUGUUCCCCGCACAAGCCCUCACAUCCCACUCUACGGUUAUGAAGCUACACAACGAUCUUUAGAACGGAUUUUGUAUGUGUGGGCUAUCAGACACCCGGCCAGUGGUUAUGUGCAAGGUAUCAAUGAUCUGGUCACGCCAUUCUGGCAAGUAUUUCUAGGUGUGUAUAUUACGGAUCUGAAUGUGGGAGAGGGUAUGGAUCCUGGCCAACUACCCCGAAGCGUUCUGGAUGCGGUUGAAGCCGAUACCUUUUGGUGUCUGACCAAAUUACUCGAUGGGAUUCAAGAUAAUUAUAUCUAUGCCCAGCCGGGAAUUCACCGACAGGUGAGGGCUCUGCGUGAUCUGACGAGGCGAAUCGACUCGGCUCUUGCGAAGCACUUGGAGCAAGAAGGCGUGGAGUUUAUGCAAUUUAGUUUCCGGUGGAUGAAUUGUUUGCUCAUGCGGGAAAUGAGCAUCAGGAAUACCAUACGCAUGUGGGAUACUUACAUGGCCGAGGAGCAGGGCUUCUCCCGAUUUCAUCUUUAUGUCUGUGCUGCGUUCUUGGUCAAAUGGACGGAUCAAUUGGUCAAGAUGGAUUUCCAGGAGGUUAUGAUGUUCCUCCAAGCAUUGCCUACUAAGGACUGGACCGAGAAAGAUAUCGAACUCCUGCUGAGCGAAGCAUUCAUCUGGCAGAGUCUAUUCCAGGACUCAAGCGCACAUCUUCGACCGCAAGGCGACGUGCCUCCUGAAAAUGGUAUCUUUUAUUGA